AUGUCACCGCCCUCUGCAGUCGAGGUAUCAGCCACUUCGGACACAUCCGGCGUUACCAUUCCCAAUCCUCUCACGGCGCCUGUGCACAGCAACGAGAUUCCUGCCAGGAGGAAGAAGACCAGUGCCGCACAGUGGGGUGUAGCAGCGCCAUCCGACACUGCAAACUUUAGACUGCGGUCGCACGAGCACAAACCAAAGGCCAAGUCAUGGCGCCACAUCUUGACCCACGAGGCCACUGUUCGCAAGGGCAACUCUCUCAAAGAGGCAGCCAAGUAUCUCGGUACACCGGGCAUUAUUUCUCUCGGAGGCGGACUGCCAUCCAGCGAGUACUUUCCCUUUGAAGAGCUCUCCGUCAAGGUGCCUAGGGUUGGCCACUUUUCCGAGGCCGAAACCAGAGAGUCCGGCGUGACGGUUACGGCAGGGAAACACGACCUCGCCGAGAACAAAUCCAUCUUUGACAUUGCUACCGCCUUCAACUACGGCCAGGGCUCGGGCGCAGCACAGCUCCUGCGCUUCAUGACGGAGCACACGGAACUGGUGCACGACCCGCCAUAUGAGGACUGGAGGUGCACCAUGACGGUGGGAAGCACAUCUGCCACUGACAUGGUGCUGCGGAUGCUCACACGGCCCGGCGACGUGAUCCUCUCCGAGGAGUACACAUUCUCAGCUUUUGUCGAAACCGCCCGGCCAAUGGGUGUGCGCGUGUGCGGCGUGCCGGUUGACAGCGAAGGACUCCUGCCCGCCGCCAUGGACACACUGCUUUCCAACUGGGACGCUGCCGCUCGCGGCGCCCGCAAACCGCAUCUCCUCUACACGGUGCCCACAGGACACAACCCCACGGGCGCAACGUCGAGCGCCGAGCGCCGCAGACAACUGUACCAGGUGUGCCAGAAACACGACGUGCACAUCAUCGAAGACGAGCCGUACUACUUUCUCCAAAUGCAGCCCUACACAGGCCCCAAUGCGCCCGCCGUGCCGCCCCCGUCGUCGCACGCAGAGUUCCUGCAGUCGCUCGUGCCCAGCUACCUGUCCAUGGACACGGACGGCCGCGUCAUCCGCAUGGACUCGUUCUCCAAGGUGAUAGCGCCUGGCUCGCGGACAGGCUGGAUCACGGCGCCCGCAGACGUCGUCGAGCGCUACUCCAAGCACGCCGACGUGUCGACGCAGAACCCGGCUGGUAUGGCGCAGCUGAUUCUGUUCAAGCUGCUCGACGAGCACUGGGGCCACGCCGGCUACCUCGACUGGCUGCUGCACAUGCGCAUGCAGUACACGCAGCGCCGCGACUUGAUCCUCGCUGCGUGUGCAAAGUACCUCCCGCGCGACGUCAUGUCGUGGAAGCCGCCCAUGGCCGGCAUGUUCCACUGGAUGCAGAUUGAUUUCCGCAAGCACCCUGCGUAUCCGGAGAAGACGAUUGAGAGCAUCGAGGAGAGCAUCUUUCUGCGCGUCAUCAGCCAUGGUGCCUUGGUCAUGCGCGGCAGCUGGUUCUACGCCGAUGCCGACGAGGAGCACAACACCCUGUUUUUUAGAGCGACGUAUGCGGCGGCUCCCGGGGAGAAGAUUGAAGAGGGCAUUAGGCGGCUGGGCGAAGCGGUGAGAGAGGAGUUUGGACUGGGCGAGUAUGCAAAGGAAAGCUAG